UAUGAUUGUGGAAAAUUACAAGAAUUAGAUAUUCUUCUUCGUAGACUGAAAGAAAAAGGUCAUCGUGCACUAAUUUUUACACAAAUGACACGAGUCCUUGAUAUAUUAGAGAUAUUCUUAAAUAUUCAUGGGCAUACAUAUCUUCGACUUGAUGGUUCAACAAAAAUUGAAGAUAGACAAAUAUUAACUGAAAAGUUUAAUCAUAAUCCUAAAAUCUUUGUAUUUAUAUUAUCAUCAAGAUCUGGCGGUUUGGGUAUUAAUUUAACUGGUGCUGACACUGUGAUUUUCUAUGAUAGUGAUUGGAACCCUUGUGCUGACAGACAAUGUCAAGACAGGUGUCAUCGGAUUGGUCAAACACGUGAAGUAAACAUAUAUCGUUUUGUGAGUGAACAUACAAUUGAAGAAAAUAUAUUAUUAAAAGCAAAUCAAAAAC